AUGUAGAUAUUGAUAGUAAUGAAAAAGAACUUUAAAGUUCUUUUUAGGACAAAGAUGUUUGUUUAAUCUCUUUACAUUCCAGUCCUAUGUGUUAUCUUUACAAUAAUUUCCAAAUAUGGUGGAUAAUAUUUCUCUGCUUACAAAAUAUUUUGGCCUCUAUAUCAAGUAGUAGCUGUUAAUGGGUAUGUGAGAUAUGUUAUGAUGGAAAUUGUCACAGAAAAAAAUGAGUAGCAAAAAGAAAACUAAAAAAUUAUGGGCUUGAGUACAUUUAGCUAUAUGGCUGGAAAUUGGUUAUCAAGCAUAAUAGUUACACUUGUAUUAUCAUUUAUAUACUUAAUUCCUACUUUGAUUGCAAAAGUAUAUGAAGAGCUCUACUUUUAUGAAGUUAUAAUUGCUUAUCUGAUUUUUGUCUUCUCGCUCGUCAAUUAAGUCUACUGUUUGUCAGCAUUUUUCACAAAUUCAAAAUUAUCUGGAGAAAUUAUUUCUAUUAUUAAUGUCGUCUUUUGUUUUUCUUACUUUGCUGUUUAUAAAGAUUCCAUUAGAACUAAUCAGGUAUUUUUAUACUUGAUCUCUCUAUUCCCCUAAGCAGGCAUAUCAUUUACUUUCUUCUCUAAAGGUUGGUUGCUUGAUACAGAUUAAUUUAAUGACUUUAGCUUUACUUAUGGCUAUGGUUUAAGUUCUCUUGCAGUAAGUGGUGCAAUCUAUUUGAUUAUUUACCUUUAUUUUGACUAAGUAUGGCCUAAUGAUUAUGGUACUUAGAAAAAGCCCUGGUUUUUCCUUUAAUGUCUUUUCAAUUUAUGUAAAAAGACAAAUAAUAAUUCAGAUUAUUAAGAACAAGAAGAUAUUGAAUUAGGAGUAUCAUUAAAUCCAAACGAAUAAAAUAGUAAUGAUAUAAGCAGUGCAGUUUAUCACCAAGUUAUAAACACUCAUGGGUUGAAAAAAUGCGUUAAUGUUUUAGGAUUAACUAAAUAUUUCGCUGAUUAUCCAGCUGUAAAUAACGUGUCAUUUAAUCUUUAUGAGGGGCAAAUUUUCUGUUUAUUGGGUCAUAAUGGUGCUGGUAAAACUACAACCAUAAAUUUACUUUGUGGUAUGCAAAAGAAAUCUAAAGGAAAAAUCUUUAUGAAUGGGUUAGAUUAAGAUUAUAAUAUUGAACAAAUUAGAAAAUCUAUAGGGCUUUGUAGCUAAAAGAAUAUUUUGUAUAACAUGCUAUCAGUAGAAGACCAUCUAAGUUACUAUGCAGAUAUUAAAGGAAUCUCUGAGGCUCAUAAAUAGUAAGAUAUAGAAUACAUCAUUUAAAAAUGCUAAUUGCAUAACGAAAGACAUAAAUUUGCUGCUCAUCUUUCAGGAGGUAACAAGAGAAAGCUUUGUUUAGCAAUAGCAUUGAUUGGUAGAGCAAAAAUGAUUUUCUUAGACGAACCAACCUCUGGUGUUGAUCCUGUUACAAGAUCUGAAAUUUGGAAUAUUUUAAGAGAAGUGAAGAAUGAUGGCAGAGUUAUAAUUUUAACUACACAUCAUUUGGAAGAGGCUGAAGCACUUGCUGAUAGGGUCUGUAUUAUGGCAUAAGGUUAACUGUUGGCAUUAGGUACAGUUGAAUAUAUCACAAAGUAAUUUGGUACUGGUUACUAUCUAAAAUUAACAAAUUCUUAAGAUAAUUAAGAAUCUAAAUAACACUUUAUUGCAAAUAAAGAACUUUAUAAAUAAAUUGUCCUUUAACAAAUCCCCUAAGCUAAAAUUGAUCCUCAAAGCUAAGAUAACGUUAUCAGAGUUUUACUACCUUUUGAAACCUAAGAUAGAUAUAGUUAUUUGUUUGCUUAGCUUGAAUAAUAAUAAAAUUUGAUGAUAAAUCUUCAAAUGAAUAGCUUAGAAGAUGCUUUUGUUAAUAUUGGUAUGGACGAAGAAAAAUAUCUUCAUAAUAAAUCUAUUAAUAAUGGAUAAGAAAAUUAAAUUAAAUUCUCUGAUUUUUCUCAUAUCUAAAUGCCUCAAGCUCUUCAUCUUAAGCCAUCUUACAAUCUGUUCACUUAGACCAAUGCUAUUAUAAAAAGAAGAUUUAAAUAUCUUAUUUCUGAUUGGGUGAAUUUAUUUACUUUAACUAUGCCUUUCUCAUUUGCUUUGAUGGGAAUUCUCUUUGUUAACAACAAUGGUGCUAAUGGAGCAGUUCAGUUAUUCCUUAUCUUUGUUAUUUUUUCUUUAUCAUUCCAUUCUUUGAAUUUUGUUGGUUUGACAAUAUUUGAAAGAGAAAAGAAUUUAAAAUAUUCUUUAAGAGUUAUGGGAUGCAAAAUGAAAGCUUAUUGGUUAGGAAAUUUACUUUCAGAAAUAUUACUUUCCUUACUUUUUACUGGAAUAUUCUACGGAUUUUAUCUAAUUUCAGAUGCAAAAGUCUCUUACUAUAAUGUCUCUGAGUUUGAAUUCAUUAUUUAGAUUUUCUUAUUAACAUUUGCAACAAUGGCAUCAAGCUUUUUAUAUGGUAGAAUGUUUAGUACUUUCUAUGAAGCUGUACUUGGUUUACCUAUGUUUAUGUUCUUAGUAAUAUUCUGGGUUAUGUUUAUAUUAAUGUUCAUGGCUACUGCUACGUAAGAUAUAUGGUCUUUGUUCUAAAUAUUCCCUUUGGUAUCUUCACCUUGUGUAGUAAUAUUUACUGGGCUUAUUACAUUUUUAUAUAAAGAUGGUAGCGUCAUCUCUAAUAACUUUUGGUUAGGAUAAAGUACAGGAGGAUAUUAUGUUUAUGGAAUCAUCUUGUCAAUAAUUUAAAUAAUAUUAGCUGUUGUUCUUGAUUACUAUGAUAUAUUUUCAUUCAUUUGUAGAAAAAAGAAAAAUAACGUAUCAGCUCCUCCAGCUUAACUGAAUGAUGAAGAUGUUAGAUAAGAAGAUAUUAGAGUUUGUGCUUCUUAAGAUCCUAUUAGACAAGUUAGAGUUUCUAAAACAUAUGAGAAUGGGUAUACUGCUAUAAAUUCUAUUAGUUUUGGUGUAGAAAGAAGACAAAUAUUUGGUUUAUUAGGACCUAAUGGAGCUGGUAAAUCAACUUCUUUUAACAUAUUAACUGCUAAGGAUGAAGAAUUUACUGGAUAGGCUUUCAUUUAAGGUGGUAAAGUUAGCUAAUAAAAUGAGGAUGUCUGGAGUGAGUCAGGUAUUUGUCCUUAAUUUGACUGCCUAUGGGACCAUCUUACUCCUAAAGAUCAUCUAGAAAUAUAUGCUGCAUUAAAAGGUUUAUCAGGCAUUGAUAGAAGAGAAGUUAUUGAUUACUAUCUCUAAAUUAUGCAGUUAGAAGAACAUGUAUUAAAGAAAUCUAAGAAUUUAUCUGGUGGUAAUAAAAGAAAGCUUAGUGUUUGUAUGAGUUUAAUCGGUGGUCCUACUAUUUAAUUCUUUGAUGAACCUUCAAGUGGACUAGAUCCUAUUGCUAAAAGAUUCUUAUGGUAAACUCUGCAACAAAAUGUUUAAAUUAGAAAUUCAUCUAUUGUUUUGACAACUCAUUCUAUGGGUGAAGCAGAAUCUUUAUGCAAUAAAAUAGGUAUUUUGGUUAAUGGUUAAUUUGCUUGUAUGGGGUCUCCUGAACAUCUAUCUAUGAGGUUCGGUAAAGGUUAUAGACUAACUUUAAAACUUAAGCAAAAUGCUAUUCCUGAAAACGCUCAUCUUUUUAUAGUACAAUCUUUACCCUAAUGUCAAAACUUAUACUCAAGAAUUCCUAACACCUUAACUUAUCAAAUCCAUGAAAGUAAUUUCGUUUUCUCCUAAGUUUUUACCUUAGUUUAGCAUUUAAGCUAAAACUUCAUAGACGAUUUUUCAUUACAUCAUGCAGAUUUAGAAUAAAUUUUCUAAUACUUUGCUGGGUUCUAACAACAAUAUGUUGAGCCUCCUAAAUCCGAUUCUAGUGAUGAAUUAUGCAACUGUAAGGGCACCAAUUGUAUCAGAUGGUGCACUGCAGCAUGUUGCUGUUGUGUUUGGUGA